AAGUUAUGGGCUACCUGCCUACUUACCAUAUUUACAUCACUAUUCAUGAACAAAUCAUGUGUACUUUUCCCACUCAUUCUCACCAUGUAUAAAUAUGAAAACAUCAAUAUACAUUUAGAUAAACAAGCGCAUAUAAUUUGGAGAGAUUUGUGUGAGGUGGGAUUCUCUCUAUGCCUAUGAUGGAGCAGAUAAAGAACUUCAACAACAAUAAUAAAAAGGAAGAUGGCAUCGCAAUUCACAGCCAAGUUCGGAAAAUUAAGCAGGAAAUAGAGAAGAUCAAUCACCCGGGCCUGCAGCAGCUGGAGAUGAGACCGGAGAUUAUGCGCCAAAACCGGUCUAGAUCACCGUUAGGUGUAGCCAAGAGGCCCAUCUCUGUUGGGGACUGAUAAACUACGAGUACAAGGAGUGUGUGCUUCAAUAAUUGAAUUUAGUUACUUUUUCUUUUCUUGUUUUCUCUUUGCUUUAGCCUUUCAGUUGUACAUACUUUGGUUUAUAAUCUGAAGAAGACAUCUAUAUUUAA